AUUGGUUUCAACCACCACCUUAAAAAACCAAGUUAAUUUGUGCCAAACCUCUAAAGAUCCUAUUGUGGGUACCAUACAAAACAAUGAUUCAACCUCUGUUCACACUAGUAUUCGCCGAAAUGGGUCUGGUCCUGACCCUUCUGUUUAGAACACCUCUGAGAAAGCCAGUGACCAUGGGGUUGGAUGGGGUGAAACAGGGGAGAGGCCCUGUGAUUGUGCAGACUGUUGCAGCAACCUUGUUUGCAGUUCUGAUCUCUAUCGUUUACAGUAUAACGAAGAUUCAGAAGCGUUCACAGGAUGCUGGCUCCGUUAAUCCAACUGAUCAGGUUCUUUUGGCCAAUCAUCUUCUCGAAGCGUCUCUUCUCGGUUUUUCCCUAUUUCUUGGAUUAAUAAUAGACAGACUGCACUAUUAUAUCGAAGAGCUCCGCCGGAUACGGAAGAAUUUGGAGGCAGUAAAGAAACAGGAACAGGGCUAUGAGGCCAUGAAAAGCAGGGCAGUCGAUGACAAUGAGACUAAACUCCGUGAUGAAGCUAUUCUUGCAAAAAGGACUCAGAAUAGGCAAUUGGAAUCUAAAUCCCAGAAAAGCUGAAAAGAUGCAAAACCAGUAGUCCAAGAAAAGUUGGAUCAAGGGGAACAAACAAGAACACUUAUGGAUAUGAAUAAGGCCAUGUAGUAUAGUUUAUAUAGUUGAUGCAUAGUCUCCUACAAUUUACAUGUCCAUCCUUUGUAAAACAUCUAUGGAUUGAUCUCAUUUAUCAGAAAAAUUAUGUUCCAGCACUCAUUCGCAAAUCCUGUAGUAAAAUUGAGACUGCUCGAUCUCCGAAGCUAAUUCGUGUGUAAGAG